AUGAGUCGCCUCACCUCUUUACAAAUACUAAGCAUCAUUGAUUGCCCCCAUUUGGAGAAAAGAUGCAAAAAGGAUAUUGGUGAGGACUGGAAUAAGAUUUCUACUCUCCCACAAAAAACCCUUCACGCAUGCACGCACGCACAGAGCUUCCUUCACAACCUCCUUCAAGCUCAGAAAAAACCUCCUUCACGCCGAACCUCCACAACCUGCUCGCACGCUCGCCGGUUCACACCAUCUACUCUGCUUCCUCUCUUCCUUCACGCCGAACCUCCACCACCGCCACACAGAUCACCGGUUCACGCCAUUCCUCUCUUCCUUCACGCCGAACCUCCACCACCGCCACACAAAUCGCCGGAGCAGAACGAUUUCGAAGAAGAAGAGUUCGCCGGAGCUUGGAAACAAACCGGAGCUGCCGUGAGCUACGAUCCAAAGGUUGCAGAAUGUCAAAGGCAAAUAUUAGAAGCAGGAGAAAUGGUUGAAGAAGCAAAGCGCUCACUAGGGAUAAAUGUGGAUGGAAUUGAAGAUGGAGAUGCUUUUUUGGAGAAAGAAAACGAAGAAAUUGACAGAAGUGGACCACCUUUGGAACUAAAUACUGGAAGCUUCUUAUUACAUGCUUUUGAUGGAGCCGUAAAUGUGUCUGAGAAUCUUUUCCUUUUUUUUUUUGCUUCUGUUGGUCUAUAGUAUUGUUUUAAGAUGAAGCUACUUAGUCCUUUUCCUAUCAAAAAAUCAAUUUCAAGGUAAUGUCCAUAUGUGCUAGAUACCAUAUUUUGAAGAUGGUUAUACAAUUGCUAUAUCAAACUUAAAAGCUAUAAUAUGUAAUAUAUGCAAAAUUCGUGUCUUAUAAAAUGUGGCACCCAUUUAGAAUU